AUGAAGGGCCUCGGUGUCUUCUCACCGUUCGCCGCCACUUCGCGCUGCAUCCUCUGCGCCCCAGGCUACGAUGAUGCGUGCGGUGGCGGGAGUCCGCGGCCUGACGCGAACCAGAGCUCCCUAUCUCUGAUUGGUUUCGAGAUCAAGGAACGCGCAGAGCGGCCCAACAGCACAUUCGAUUUAUCUUUCGACGCCAACAACAACUUCAGUGGCUUCGGGAAUGAGGUCUCUUUCGCUGGUGCCAUCAACGAAUUUGGAACCUACGACGGCGCACGCUACGGUGCGGGCAUCGCCGACUUCACGACAUACCACAAAGCGGACGUCGAAGGCCUUGAUGACAAAGUGGCGUCACUGGUGUGGAUGCAGUGCUCGGGAGACAACGGCAUUGUGGGUAUUGGUAGCACAUCCGGCGACCUGUUCCUCCUGGAUGGCACUACGAUUGUGGAGGGUGAUGCGCCACGUGUUGUGUCCAAGACACGCGCUUGCAACACACCACUUAAACGUCUGAGCUACAAUGCCAAGACCAACAUGUUGGGUAUCGCUGGAGUGGAUGGCCAGAUCUCAGUCUGCGACCUCGCGAACUCGGUGGAGCCAAAGGUGCUUGAUGUGAGCUAUGGAAAGUGGCACGUCGGGCUCGUAACGGGGCUUAGCUGGAAUAAGAGGCUAGGCCACAUCCUUGCCACUUCGGGGGCCUCUGUAGGCGCCUCGGGUUCCAUGUCUCCUUCGGACUCGAGUGGCCUUGUGGUUUGGGAUCUUAAGGCGCGCAAGCCUGCUUCCAGCUUCCGCGAUCCGUCUGGUCGUAUGCAGCCGAUUGCCGUCGAAUGGAUGUCCGAGCACAUGACUCAGUUGAUCGUCGGGUAUGGUGACGACAAAUCCCCGGCGAUACAACUCUGGGACCUGCGUAACUGCACCGUUCCUUUGAAGGAGGUUCGGGGCCACACCAUGGGACUCACAAGUCUUUCCAUAUGUCCCCAUGACCCGAAUUUGCUGCUUACUAGUGGCAGGGAUGACCACACGUGCUGCUGGACUUUGGACUCUGUACAUGGUCCCUUCCAUCCGCUAGGAAACAUGCAGACUGGCGCCCUGAGCCACCACAGGCGCAUUCAGUGGCACCCGACGGCACCGGGCUUCUUCCUUGCCCAGGAUACUGACGACGAGCUUUCAGUGCACAGCGCUAUGUCCAUGUCGCUGACUGAAUCAUACAUGCCUGCCUGGAUUCGGCGUACCUGCGGUGUCAUAUCGGGCUUCGCGUCUUCAGUUACGACUUGGACUUCUGCCGGUGCUGUAAAUCAGUACAAACUCGGCAUGGAGUUGGAUGACGACACCGCUAGGGCCCUGGAUGACUCCCUCGAGUUGUUCUGUGAGCUGGCUAACACGAAUAAUUUCGAGGCUAUCUGCAGGGACCGCGCGGCCACUGUCACCGACGAGUUUGAUAAGCUAACUUGGGAGGUCAUGGGCGCCUUGCACAGUGGUGAAGCUGCGGCACUCGUUAACACCCUAGGUUACAAACUCGUGGAGCCCAAAGACGAGGCAGUAACUCAGGACUACGUGGAUGAGCAAAACGAUGCACCGCAGCCCCAAACGGAAGGCCAGCUUGAUGGUUUCGGGAACGAGCCCUUGAAUGAGGAGGAUGGUGAGGCCUUUUUCAGCUCCUUGGCAAACAAAGAGGCUUCCUUGGCUGACGAUCCGUUGGUGCAAUCCCCCGUCGGUGAUGUGCAUGAGUCUGAGCCGCCCAUGUCCGAUGAAGCACCUUUGACACAGACAGCCAAUUACCUCUCCUGGGGCGAAGACGCGUUAUGCUCGCGUGUGAUUGUGGGUGACUACGAAGGUGCCGCGCAACUGUGCCUAGACAAAGGCAAGCUGACGGAGGCUCUGUUCCUGGCGUACGCCGGAGGCCUGGAUUUGUGGCUCAAGGUAUCCGAUAUCAUAACCGAAAAGGCACAGGAUCCCCUGUUGCGCGCACUGCACCUGGUGAUGAAAGGUGAUGUGAAAGCAAUGGUGGCCCAAUGUCCUCUUGACAAAUGGCGCGAGGUGUUGGUUUACGUCAUUACGAAUAUGAUGGGUGACCGAGACGCAUACAGAGACCUGUGCAAUGUGCUUGGGCAUAGGCUCUACGAAUCUUUCAAGGAAGGCAACCAUAAACACCUUCUGCCUGCAUCCAUCAUGUUCAUGUGCAGCGGCGACGUUUCACGCGUUAUCGACUGCUGGAAGCACCUCGAGACCGGAAAGAACAACAUAGAAUUGGUUGCCAAGAGCGCCGUCAGGGCGGCUGCGCUAUGGAUCUCCGUGGCUGACGACAUUUCCAAGGAUCAUUUAGGCCGUAGUGCAACCAUGCUUGCUGAGGCUUUUGUUGAGUGCGGUGAAGUCGACAAAGCCGUUAAGUGCCUUUCCUUGCCAUUCGUGGCCCGUGACCAGUAUGCAAUGGAACUUCUAAGUCGCAUCAGGGGCACAGGUCAUUCUGUUGAUUUCAUGGAACCAAAGACUCAGCGUCGUGAGGCUGCACCAGUGGCCCCGACUCAGACACAAGUUCCAGCGAAGACUGCGGUGCGCGGCCCCGCGGAAUACGGAACCGCGCCAGCUGCCGUUGCAAACGCUGUCUACCCAGGAAUGCCCGUGCCCUGGCCUCUGCCGACAGCAACUCAGCAAAAGGGGUCCAGCACACGCAGCACCGAAGAUGCGAACCGCCGCAUCAUCGCCACUUCGGCUGCCGUGAAACCUCAAGGUGAACGCAUGCCGUCCGCCGAUCUCCAGUUUGUUACUACGGUGCUGGGCAAUUUAAUUGCGCAAGGAGAUACUUCCAGGGCUGCGGAGGAUAAUCGCCGUCGCGUCGCAGACUUGAUGACUUCGCUGUCGAAUGGAGAGCAAUCCGCUGAAGCCAACGGCCUCAUCUUAAAUAUGUGUCGUGCAAUCCAUGCGGGAGAUCGCAUUAACGCGAACAUCAUACUUUCAACUAUUAGCACCAAGCUCUGGAGCACAGCAAACAAAAAUUGGAUCAUGUGUCUGAAGCGCAUUGUUCCGAAGUAA